ACAAAACCCGCCCGACCCGUUUCAUUUGGCUUAUCACUCACUCACUCACCAGUCACCACCUUCCACUCCCCAAAACACACGCACACAAAUUCUCUCCCUCGAUGGCAGCUUCAUUCACCACCCUCUCAAAUGUCGGGUCGCUCACGGGUCCACGAAGCGUGUACCAGAUCGGGGCUACGAGUCCGACGUGUAAUUCGGUCAGGCUUCGGAGAUUUCCGUCGCCGUCGAGCUUCGUCUCCGGUUCCUUCCGAACAAGUACUCUCAUAUCUUCGUCGUCGAACGCCUAUUCUCGGAGGAGACUUGGUAUACUUACCUCGGUCCGGGCCAGUGCUGAGGAAGCAACUUUGCAAUCAAAAGUUACCCAGAAAGUGUACUUUGAUAUAAGCAUUGGGAAUCCAGUAGGGAAGCUUGCUGGAAGGAUUGUGAUUGGGUUGUAUGGUGAUGAUGUGCCCCAAACAGCGGAGAAUUUCCGUGCCCUUUGCACAGGAGAGAAGGGCUUUGGGUACAAAGGUUCCACAUUCCAUCGUGUAAUCAAGGAUUUCAUGGUUCAAGGAGGGGACUUCGAAAAGGGAAACGGAACUGGAGGCAAAAGUAUAUAUGGCCGUACAUUCAAAGAUGAAAACUUUAAGUUGUCUCAUGUUGGACCGGGAGUUGUUAGCAUGGCAAAUGCUGGCCCCAACACCAACGGGAGUCAAUUUUUCAUAUGCACUACUAAGACGUCAUGGCUGGAUCAAAGGCAUGUUGUACUUGGUCAAGUCCUGGAAGGCAUGGAUGUUGUUAGGCUGAUUGAAUCACAAGAGACGGACCGAGGAGACCGUCCUAGAAAGAAGGUUGUCGUUGCGGAAUGCGGUGAGCUUCCAAUGGUCUGAUGUGGGUAUUUCUAGUUGUUUUAUCUUCCCUUUGCUUCACUUGAGAACUUUUCAACUACUACGCCCAAUUUAGAGGGCUUUUCUUUGGAUGAGUUCUGCACCGAAGGAGAAAGGAUUUUUGGUUUGUUUCAAUCCCAGAAGAUAUAGAGUUCUAGAAUUGGGUGUAACCAGAUUAGAGAAUUCUUGGCUGAAGGAUGAGGGUCCUUGAAUACAGUGGAAUUUUUAUGCAUUAAUGUACUCUUUGAAUCAGAUGGCAA